UAUAAGAGGUCUUACAGUCCCGGCUAGGAGGGGGAGGUAAGUCUACCUUGCCAAGCAAGAUGACUGCCUGCCAUGGUUUUCGCCUGGCUCUGACAUUCCUGGUUUUCACAUCUAUGGAGAGAGAAAGCUUUGGAGAGGAGGCAGAAGCCGCCUGUUGUGCACAGCUAAAAGGCUUAUCGCCCUGUGCAGCUGACAAGGUGUUUCUCCAAGGCCAGGCAGGGAUACCAGGAAUUCCAGGAGUGCCAGGGACCAAUGGAUUGCCUGGGAUUAAGGGUGACCCAGGCCCUCAGGGUCCACCAGGCGAGAGAGGUGCUGCUGGAACACUGGGAAAGGCUGGACCCAAGGGAGAGAAAGGAGACAGAGGAGAGGCAUGCAACUUGGACAAUCAUCCUGAGUGUCAACAGCAAGAGACCAGAGCCAGAGACUGCAAAGAACUCCUGGAACGUGGAGAGACACUGAGCGGUUGGUACACCAUCUACCCGGCCACAAGCAAAACAAUGACAGUCUUCUGUGACAUGGAGACCGAUGGAGGGGGCUGGCUGGUCUUCCAAAGGCGACAGGAUGGAUCCGUGGAUUUUUACCGUAACUGGGAGUCCUACAAAACUGGGUUUGGAAACCAAGCAUCUGAAUUUUGGCUGGGCAAUGAUAAAAUUCAUCUUCUUACAAUCUCUGGAAGACAGCAGCUGCGGAUUGACGUGAUGGACUUCAAUGACUCAAGAACAUACGCUAAAUAUACGAGUUUCAGAAUCUCAAGCGAGAAAGAAAACUACACACUGGCAGUGGGUUCCUAUGUUGAUGGUGACAUGGGUGAUUCCUUCUCAGGACACCGAGGCUUCGCAUUCUCCACGCGAGACAAAGACAACGAUAUCCAUGAAACAGCAAGUUGCGCUGUAAUGUUCAAGGGUGGCUGGUGGUAUAGCAAAUGCCAUUCUUCCAACCUGAAUGGCUUGUACCUCAAAGGCGAACAUACCUCAUACGCUAAUGGCAUCAACUGGGCUGCUGGAAAAGGGCACCAUUAUUCUUACAAAUAUACAGAUAUGAAAAUUAGACCUCAGUAGUGCUGACACUUUUUAUAGACUU